AUGGCCGAAGCAGCCCUCUUUAUCAAACAUAAAUCUAACUGUCACAGCAACCCUUUCAUCAUGUCGCACAACGGCUACCUCAACAACCACUUUGGAAACUCCAAUGAUGGGAUCGAUCCGUCAGACUUGACCAUGCAGCAGAAUGGCUUCAUGCCGUUCUCGUACGGAUCGCAACAGAAUAUGUCAUCAAGCUUCAACUUUGGCAACUCGGGCAUCGAUACCGAUGAGCUUCUGGACCUGGAAAUCAGUGGACAGAACAACGGCGUGCAACGCGACAACAACAUCAACUAUCUCCAGGACCAGUCCGGCGGCAUCGCGAUGAGUCACCAAAGCCAAAUGUCGCACAUGUACUCGAAUACACCCGACAAUGCUCCGAUGGCCAGUCCCUUUGUGAACAACAGUUUCAACUACGAGCAAUUCCGAAUGAAUCAGCAGAAUCACCACCUGCACCAUGCAAACUCAUUCGACCAGAACUACCUGAAUGCGAAAUCCCGUCCCAGCUUGCAGGCCAUGGACCGAACCUCGUCCGACACUCGAAGUCCCAUGACCCCCAAGACACCCGCAUUGGGCUCGUUGACUCUGGGAACGCCAGAUUCCGGCAGCUUCCCAGGUCAGCCAAUUCGCAAUUCUGGAAUCCAUCAUCGCCACCAGAAGAGCCUCUCCAAUCAAUGGGACGGCACACCCGGCAGCGCCCAGUCAUACAUUGACUCUCCCAUCGGCUCGCCCAACAUGCACACUCACCAAUUGGGUAUCUCUGAGAUCAUCCAGUCCGGCAAACAUGCAUCCCUGCCCGCCAAGGUCGACAAUGGCCACCCUCCCGGAAGCGCCCAGGAUUUAGAGUCGCAGGAAGCCAAGCGUCGGAGACGCCGCGCUUCGCACAAUCUUGUUGAACGUCGCCGCCGUGACAACAUCAAUGAGCGCAUCCAAGACCUUUCACACCUGGUGCCUCAACACCGUCUUGAGGAUGACAAGGUGCGCAAGCAGCUCGUCAACAGCACCGCGCUCUCCAUGGCGGGCGCCAGCAGCAAUGCUGCGACCUCCCUCCUUGCUGGUGGCAACGGCCGUCGUGCCACCCCUGGCAACAUCACCAUGGGCCUUCCCCUCGACGAGAAAGAGAAAGGACCCAACAAGGGAGAUAUUCUGAAUGGUGCAGUCAGCUGGACGCGAGAUCUGAUGUGGGCAUUGCAUGUCAAGUAUCAGCAGGAAGCUGAGCUCGCAGAGCUGAUCAGUAGCCUUGGUGGUACCUGGCCCUUUGAGCCCACCGAGGAUGAGAAGCGCAUGCGGAGUGAGAUUCUCGAUGCGCUGGAGAAGAACGACCCCUCCUCGUUCAGUUACACCCGCGGUCCGGGUAGUGGUCUCCGUGUUCCCAAGCAUACCAAUUUGGCGGGUGACCCUGUCGGCAGCGAUGGUCUGACACCACCGGGACUGAGCCCUGGGUUCCACAGCGGGGGCAGCAGCUCCAACGGUGGAGGUCCACAGCAGUACUGGAGCAGCGCGAGUCAUGCUCCUCUGAGUUUCAAGGAGGAGGAUGAGUACGGUAUGGAGAUGAACUAG